CAUUUCAAAAUACAAAAUCUAAGGAAAGCCGAAGAGAGAGAGAGGUUUCUCUUUCUUGAAAUUCAACUAAAGUGAUCCAUCUCGAGAUUAAGAAAGGAAUUUAUACGGUUGAGAAGAAGAAGUGAAGAACCCUAAAUUAGCGCUGCAAAUCGAAUUAGGCCGUUGAAAAUGGGGCAAAACAGCCGGAAGACGCUGAUUUACGCGCUGGUGGCGCGCGGAACGCCGCCGGUGGUGCUGGCGGAGUACACCGAGUUCAGCGGCAACUUCAAUUCCAUAGCCUAUCAGUGCCUCCAGAAGCUUCCUGCCUCCAACAACAAGUUCACCUACAACUGCGACAAUCACACCUUCAAUUACCUCGUCCACGACGGAUUCACAUACUGUGUCGUUGCUGAAGAGUCAGCUGGAAGGCAGCUUCCGAUGGCUUUUCUAGAACGCAUAAAGGACGAGUUUGUAGCAAAAUACGGUGGUGGAAAGGCUGCGACAGCUCCUGCAAACGGGCUUAACAAAGAAUUUGGACCGAAGUUGAAGGAACAAAUGCUAUACUGCAGCGAGCACCCCGAGGAGAUUAGCAAAUUUGCAAAGGUCAAGGCUCAGGUUUCAGAAGUGAAAGGUGUUAUGAUGGAAAACAUCGAGAAGGUUCUAGAUCGUGGUGAGAAGAUCGAGCUUCUAGUGGAUAAGACCGAGAAUCUUCAUCAUCAGGCCCAGGACUUCAGAACCACCGGAACACAAAUCAGGAGAAAAAUGUGGCUGCAAAACAUGAAGAUCAAGCUGAUCGUUUUGGCGAUUAUCGUCGCGCUGAUCCUCAUAAUCGUCCUCUCUGUGUGCAAUGGGUUCAAGUGUUGAGAAAUCGAUCUCUGCUGGGAAGAUUAUGCAUCAUCACACAUCCAUUUUGUAUAAAGCAGUAAAAACUAUACCAUGUUUGGUAGGAGAGAACUCUUUUCGAGUUUUUAGGCCAUUUUAAAUAACUACUACUAUGAUCUUAUAUGCUGUGACUCCUAACGCCAAUUUUAUUUGAUAACAUAUCCGGUUUAUGCAAA